AUGGAGCACACUUUUGUAACUAGACAGAUCAACACGGAGAAGAAAAUUCCCGAAUUAAAAGAUGCCCUAAAAGUAGUAAACGCCCUUUACAAAAGAAAGGAAAUGAACGAGAGCAAAAACUUGGAGCUGUAUUUUCCCUUGGAGGAGUCCCUGUACGCCAGGGGAGUUGUGGAUAAAACGGAUCACAUUUUACUUUGGCUGGGGGCAAACGUGAUGGUUGAAUUCCCCUUUAAAGAGGCAGUGGAGCUACUGAAUCACCACUUGGAUCGGGCAGUAAAUCUGUACGACGAAAUGGACAAAGAGCUUCAAUGGCUGCACGAACAAAUAUCAACCACAGAAAUUAACAUAUCGAGAAUUCACAAUUAUGUGGAGAUGAAGAAAAAAAACAAAGAAAAGGACGUUGUUGAAGCUCAGGGCUAA